AUGUACCCAUCUUCUUCAUCCUCGGCGGCCAAAGAUAUCCCACCAACAUACCCAACUCUACCGCGAAUUCAAAAAGCAAGCUCAAGUCAAGAUGGACCUUUACCGGAUAUUCAAGUCGAUCAUUUGGUCGUAGGAGGCGGUGUGGUUGGGCUAGCAAUAACCCAUGCAUUGGCAAAAAGGUUUCCUGAAAAGUCCACAUUUAUGGUAGAGAGACAUAAACGGUCAGGAGAAGAAACUUCUUCGCGGAAUAGUGAAGUAAUUCAUGCUGGUUUAUACUAUCCUCCCGCUUCUCUCAAGACAAAUCUCUGUCUUCGCGGAAGAGAGCUGAUGUAUGACUUCUGCAAAGAGCAUGGCAUACCACACAAACAGACUGGUAAGUUUGUUGUCGGAAACAAGGAAUCUCACGAUCAUUUGCAGGGUAUUGUCAAUCAUGUCAAAUCAUUAGACGAAAAUGUAGAAAACAACAUUGGAGCCCUUGUAGCAGGGAGGAGGCAAGGUCCACCUCUACGCAUCAUCUCUGGAGACGAGGCAAGACAGCAUGAGAAGGAUAUCGGUCCUGAAAUAGCAUGGGUUCUGGACAGCUCUAGAACUGGAAUCGUGGAUAGUCACGAGCUGAUGGCUACGCUGGAGAGACUGGCUUUGGAUAGCGAGAGUGCAGAGAUUGUAUACGAUACCAGUGUGGUCGGGAUCAAGCCUCUGCAACCAACGGGAACUUCUGGCAAGCGAGGCUCUGGCGAUGAAUCAAUGUUGGGCUGGAUUGUUGAAACGCAAACGGAAGGCGGAGAGGUUGACCAGCUCAAAGCAAGGCAUGUGAUCAAUGCUUCGGGGCUGAAUGGCCCUGCAAUGCUGAACGCACUUGCUCGUGAUGGAUACUUUGGUGAAGGAGAAGGGGGUAUGAUUGGAAUGUGGUAUAGCAAGGGAAAUUAUGCCACUUACUCCAGAGCAAAAGGAGGUGUAGACAGUGUUCAAAGGUUGAUUUACCCUCUACCGGAUAUGGGCGGAUCAAAGGACAAACAUGGACAUCAAGGUUUAGGUACCCAUUUGACAGUGGAUCUGAAUGGCAACAUUCGCUUUGGCCCUGACACAGACUGGCUAAGACCAUCUGCACAUCAGACACAAGCAGACUGGUGGAAUCAACACAUGGUCGCUCUUCAGCCUUCGUCUGCCACCAUUAAUCAAGCUGGAGAAGAGGAACGCUUAGACGCAAUGUAUGAAAGCGUCACUUCCUAUUUGCCAAAUAUCAAAAGACAUGGUCUUUCAGCAGAUUAUGCGGGUGUACGUCCUAAGCUUGUCGGCCCAGCAGGCGGAUUUAGUGAUUUUACCAUCUUGCAUCAUACGGCCACUCAACUACAAGAUCAAAAAGUCAAGCAGCUUGCAUUCAAUCAUGAUGAUGCCGUUCAAAGCAAGGAUGCCAGAGAUGCAUUGUAUGUAGGAUCAUGGCAAGAUUCUCCUCAACCCAGUUUGAUCACAUUGUGUGGAAUUGAAUCGCCAGGUUUGACAUCUUCUUUGGCACUUGCUGAAGUUGUCAGUAACCUGAUCGGCAGGAGAGGAUGGGGAACACGACUAGAUGCUAAAUCGUCUGUGAAAGGAGCGCAAAAUGAGCAUGCAGGCAUGGUAGAUCAAUGGGCAUAA